GUAACGUCCAGCGUCGCUUACCCCUGCGUCAUCCUGGCGACACGCGCUUUUUCCGGCGUUAGCUUCGAGCGGUGCGACGCCUUAUUGUUAGCUCCGCCACUAGCUUUCCCCCCACGCUUUUAAUUCGUGUCCAAAAAAAAAAAAAAUGGCCGCCACUGGCGUGCAGAGUCGAAAGAGGCUCUUGAAGGACGAGGACAUGACCAAGGUGGAGUUUGAGACCAGCGAGGAGGUGGACGUCACCCCCACCUUUGACACCAUGGGCCUGCGGGAAGACCUGCUGCGCGGCAUCUACGCUUACGGCUUCGAGAAGCCGUCGGCCAUUCAGCAGCGAGCCAUCAAGCAGAUCAUCAAAGGCAGAGACGUCAUCGCCCAGUCCCAGUCCGGAACGGGGAAGACGGCCACCUUCUGCGUGUCGGUGCUGCAGUGUCUGGACAUCCAGGUGCGGGAGACGCAGGCGUUGAUCCUGGCACCCACCAGAGAACUGGCUGGACAGAUCCAGAAGGUGCUGCUGGCGCUGGGAGACUACAUGAACGUUCAGUGCCACGCGUGUAUCGGGGGGACCAACGUGGGGGAGGACAUUCGCAAGUUGGACUUCGGCCAGCACGUGGUAUCGGGAACGCCGGGGCGAGUCUUCGACAUGAUCCGGCGCAGGAGUCUCCGCACGCGCGCCAUCAAGAUGUUGGUUCUGGACGAGGCCGACGAGAUGCUCAACAAAGGUUUCAAGGAGCAGAUCUACGACGUGUACCGCUACCUGCCCCCCGCCACGCAAGUGGUCCUCAUCAGCGCCACGCUGCCCCACGAGAUCCUGGAGAUGACCAACAAGUUCAUGACGGACCCCAUCCGCAUCCUGGUCAAGCGUGACGAGUUGACCUUGGAGGGCAUCAAGCAGUUUUUCGUGGCCGUGGAGCGCGAGGAGUGGAAGUUCGACACCCUGUGCGACCUUUACGACACGCUCACCAUCACGCAGGCCGUCAUCUUCUGCAACACCAAGAGGAAGGUGGACUGGCUGACGGAGAAGAUGCGAGAGGCCAACUUCACCGUGUCGUCCAUGCACGGGGACAUGCCGCAGAAGGAGCGCGAGUCCAUCAUGAAGGAGUUCCGCUCGGGGGCCAGCCGCGUGCUGAUUUCGACGGACGUGUGGGCACGCGGUCUGGACGUCCCUCAAGUUUCGCUGAUCAUCAACUACGACCUGCCCAACAAUCGAGAGCUGUACAUCCACAGGAUCGGCCGCUCCGGCCGCUACGGCCGCAAAGGCGUGGCCAUCAACUUCGUGAAGAACGACGACAUCAGGAUCCUGCGCGACAUCGAGCAGUACUACUCCACGCAGAUCGACGAGAUGCCCAUGAACGUGGCCGAUCUGAUCUGAUGCGCUCGGCCGGACCAGGACUGCUACGGCAAUGGGAGGGCCGUCGCUUGCUUGUUUU